CUGCUAGCUUGUUGGCUGUCACUCGCGCGCGCGGCGGCUGUCAGACAGGAGCCGAGAGGAGAGCGCACGCGGCAGCUUCGUCCUCACACCCUCCGUCACUCGCCCGCUUUGAGACUUUUUUUCCCGCUCCAACGGCCGUUCAGCUGCUGGGCGGAACCCGCGUUUCCCCCCCGCAGUUCCCGCCUCGCUGUCACCCACUGUAGCGCGAAUUCUUCGGAGUUAAAGCGGGAGAAGAAGCGAGACACCGGGGAGCGACAUGGCUACGACCACCUGCACGCGCUUCACGGACGAGUACCAGCUGUACGAGGAGCUGGGCAAGGGAGCUUUUUCGGUGGUGCGCCGCUGUGUGAAGCUGUCCACGGGACAGGAGUACGCCGCCAAAAUAAUCAACACCAAAAAGCUGUCAGCCAGAGAUCAUCAGAAGCUGGAGAGAGAAGCUCGGAUCUGCCGCCUGCUGAAACAUCCCAACAUCGUGCGUCUUCAUGACAGCAUAUCAGAGGAGGGCUUCCACUACCUCCUGUUUGACCUUCAUUGCAUCCAGCAGAUCCUGGAGGCGGUGCUUCACUGCCAUCAAAUGGGCGUGGUGCACCGAGACCUGAAGCCGGAGAACCUGCUCCUCGCAAGCAAAUGUAAGAACGCUGCGGUGAAGCUGGCUGACUUCGGUUUAGCCAUCGAAGUGCAGGGGGAUCAGCAGGCCUGGUUCGGGUUUGCCGGGACGCCGGGGUACCUGUCCCCCGAGGUUCUGAGGAAGGAGGCGUAUGGCAAACCCGUGGACAUCUGGGCCUGCGGGGUGAUCCUCUACAUCCUGCUGGUGGGGUACCCCCCCUUCUGGGACGAGGACCAGCACAAGCUGUACCAGCAGAUCAAGGCCGGGGCUUAUGAUUUCCCCUCCCCUGAGUGGGACACCGUCACCCCAGAGGCCAAAAACCUGAUCAACCAGAUGCUGACCAUCAAUCCGGCGAAGAGGAUCACGGCUCAGGAGGCGCUGAAGCAUCCUUGGGUCUGCCAACGCUCCACCGUGGCUUCCAUGAUGCACAGGCAGGAGACCGUGGAGUGUCUGAAGAAGUUCAACGCCAGGAGGAAACUCAAGGGGGCCAUCCUCACCACCAUGCUGGUUUCUCGAAAUUUCUCAGUUGGCAGCAGGCAGACCGCCGCUCCAGCUUCUGUGACGGCGGCCGCCGCGGCUGCAGCCGCCGGCGCUACCGCGGGGCUGGUGGAACAAGCAAAGACUCUCCUCAACAAAAAGGCAGACGUGAAGGAGCCUCAGACAACUGUCAUCCAUAAUCCAGCGGACGGGACAAAGGAAUCCUCCGACAGCAGCAACACCACUGUGGAGGACGAAGACGUGAAAGCUCGCAAACAGGAAAUCAUCAAGAUCACCGAGCAGCUGAUCGAGGCCAUCAAUAACGGGGACUUCGACGCAUACGCGAAAAUCUGCGACCCCGGACUGACGUCCUUCGAGCCGGAGGCUCUGGGAAACCUGGUGGAGGGAAUGGACUUCCACAGGUUCUACUUCGAGAACCUUUUAGCCAAGAACAACAAGCCCAUCCACACCACCAUCCUCAACCCCCACGUGCACCUGAUCGGCGAGGACGCCGCCUGCAUCGCCUACAUCCGCCUGACCCAGUUUGUGGACAACCAGGGCCGACCGCGGUCCAGCCAAUCAGAGGAGACCCGCGUGUGGCACCGCAGGGACGGCAAGUGGCAGAACAUCCACUUCCACUGCUCAGGGGCGCCCGCCGCGCCUCUCCAGUGAGGUCUGGAUCUGGAUGUCUGGCCUGUUGGGGGCGCUCUUCUGGGGAGGAGGAGGUGAAAGAACAUGUCCAGUGAUGGUCGGGGGUGGGGGGCAGGGCGCCACGCCCGUCCAGGAAAAAACCCUCCGUCCCCGGGCUCCUGCCUCCAGCUCCCAGCAUGCAUCUCUUCUCUACCGCCCCCUGUCCGUCACCCGCCGUACCUCCAUCAGCUGCACCCCCUUCACCCCGCGCCGCCCGUUGG